CGAUCCCUCAUUCAGUCGUCGUCUGUCAGCAGUGAUUGUCAGCCAGCGCCAGCCAUCGCAGCCAUCGUAGUCGUAGAAGUCGUAGAAGUUGUUGUGUCUGUGAUAGCUAUAGACCCAGUGUGCCCAAGUGCUUAGGAUGUUGUUCCUAGCGCCGCGCAAGCAUCUGUUUGCCACCAACCUGAUCAUCCUGCUGAUGAUCUACGUGAUGCGCAAGUGCCUGCAGCUCUUCUGCAUCCUCGAGAACCGCACCGCUUGCCCGAAGCCCGACUGUGACUGUGACUGCGACGUGAAGGAUGGGGAGAAAGAGAAGGAGGAGGACUCCCCAUUGAUGGAGAGACGCGGCGGCUUCAAGUUCAUACCCGAUGCCAUGCACAAGAGCAUGCACGGCUUUGGCUAUGGCGAGGGCCACUACCAGAUCUUCGUGGAGAAGAAGGAGCGCAAUCUGCCCACCCAUUCGCGCCUGAAUGCGGCCACAGCUGAAGUGAAGCUGAAUCCCAAUUAGAGGGCGAUGCCCCCACCCCAAUGUCCUCCCCCCCCAGAGAGAGAGGGACACUGACAUCUUCUGGGGCCUCUGGCCACAGGA